GUUGAACAUUGAAAGAAUGGCUGAAGGUGGAGAAGAGGACUUGCCAAGGGAUGCAAAAACUGUCAAAACGUUGCUAAAAUCAAUGGGUGUUGAUGAAUACGAGCCUCGAGUUGUUCAUCAAUUUUUAGAACUGUGGUAUCGAUAUGUUGUUGAUGUACUCACGGAUGCUCAGGUCUACUCAGAGCAUGCAGGGAAGGCUUCCAUUGACUCCGAUGACGUCAAGCUUGCCAUUCAGUCGAAAGUUAAUUUCAGCUUCUCACAACCCCCGCCACGUGAGGUCCUACUGGAGUUGGCUCGGAACAGAAACAAGAUCCCAUUGCCGAAAUCAAUUGCUGGGCCUGGAGUACCACUCCCUCCCGAACAAGAUACAUUGAUCAACCCUAACUAUCAGCUAGCCAUUGGAAAGAAGCAAAUCAGCCAACCAGAAGAAACCGAGGAAGAUGAAGAAAGCGCUGAUCCCAACCCAGCCGCAGGCACAAAUCCAAGUAUUUCUCAUGAAAAGGCAGACGCUCAAGGUACUCCUCAACGAGUAUCCUUUCCCCUUGGCGCUAAACGUCCAAGAUGAUGUUUUAUGGUUGAUAACCUUUAGUCAGAAGAGCCUUUGUAACCGGCUGCCUAUGUAUUUAAUUAAGGACAUUGUAUAAUUGUUGUUUAAUCAUAGAUUAUGAAAUUCUAAGAUCCUUCUUUAACAGUGAGUAUUAGUUUAAAUGGCCCUGCCCAGCAGCAUUUAUAGACAAUGGGGAGAGAGUUGAGCUGUGAAACGAAGAAUUAUUUUGGCAUUAUCAAUAGUUUUCCAAAGUAUUAAUCUGAUAAUGGUCAUUCUAUGGAA